GGGGGAGCGGGGGACGGGGAGGAAGGGGCGGGGGGCGGCGGCGUUACCGCUGCUGCUACUCGGCCUCCUGGGCAUCGGCGCCGCCUACCUGUGGUACUGGAUGGACGGGCCCGACCCCGGGACAGCGGCCGGGCACAGAAUGCCUCCGGAUAUUUUCAAGCUCCGUGAAAUGUACAGAACACUCAAUAAAUCUUGCUUCAUUCUUGGAGCUUCAGGGGAGACGGGAAAAGUGUUGUUGAAGGAAGUUUUGAAAAGUCGGCUCUUCUCCAAAGUGACCCUGAUCGGCCGAAGGAAGCUAACCUUUGAGAACGCAAUGUAUGAAGAUGUGAUCCAAGAACUUGUAGACUUUGAAAAACUGGAUGACCAUGCAUCUGCUUUCCAAGGUCAUGAUGUUGGAUUCUGCUGCUUGGGAACAACCAGGGGCAAAGCUGGCGUGGAGGGAUUUAUCCGUGUCGACCACGAUUACGUACUAAAGUCAGCACAACUCUCCAAAGCUGGAGGAUGCACUCAUUUUCUCCUGCAAUCUUCAAAAGGAGCAGAUGCCACGAGUUCGAUGCUAUAUCCAAAAAUAAAGGGACAAGUGGAAGCUGAAAUUGAAGAGCUGAACUUUUACCGAUACAGCAUCUUUCGACCAGGGAUCUUGAUGUGUGACAGAGAGGAGUCGAGACCGAUGGAAUGGAUGGCAAGAAAGGUCCUUGCUCCUGUCGCGUAUAUGUUCCCCACCGCGAUUACCAUCCCAGUGACGGUGGUCGCCAAGGCCAUGUUGAACAAUGUUGUCCUCCCGUCGGAAAAGAAAGCGGAAUUGUUUCACAACAAGGAUGUACAUGAAUUGGGUCAUCUGGGUGAAACUAAAGAGAAGUAACAAUGUUUGGGUUUAUAUUGGAAGAUGCUUUAGCCGUACAUAUGAUUCACCCCUUU